AUGGUGAUGAUCUUAACCAAAACUCGGGAAAACAAAGGUGCUGACUCUGUAACAUGCAGGACUGAGCUGCACACUCCAAAGAUGAGUCAAGGACCUACCCUCUUCUCUUGUGGCGUGAUGGAAAUGCAAACAAUUGGCUGUGCUAGGUACAACUGGGAUUUUCAAGGCAACCUUGAAGAGCUGCUAAGCCCAGGUUGCUGCAGAAGGCUCGAGCAGCCGGGCGCCAGCAUCUGGGACUGCUUGUCGGACAAGGGUGAGGAGGGCUCACGUUGGCCGAGGGAGACGGCCAGCACCUGCUCUGUCACCAACCUGAUCAAAGACCUCAGCCUCAGCGACCCCCACGGCAACCCCUCGGCACCCCCCAGCAAGCGCCAGUGCCGCUCGCUCUCGUUUUCAGAUGAAAUGUCGAACUGUGGGACCUCGUGGAGACCUUUAGGCUCAAAGGUUUGGACCCCAGUUGAGAAACGACGGUGUUAUAGCGGGGGGAGCGUGCAACGCUACUCCAACGGCUUCGCCACCAUGCAGAGGAGCUCCAGCUUCAGCCUGCCAUCACGGUCCAACCCGCUCUCCUGCGAGCAUCCCGCCCUCAGCACGCGGCUGGGAUGCCAGCUGAGGAAAUCGACCACUGGUGGGCACAGAGGAGACCGGGUGGACAUGCAGAGGUCCCUCUCCUGCUCUCACGACCGCUUCUCCUCCUCGGAGUACUGCCCUCCCUCGGCAAGCAGCACGCCUGCCUCCACGCCGGAGCUGGGGCGACGGGCUGCUGGGCUCUCCCGAAGCCGCUCGCAGCCCUGCGUCCUGAAUGACAAAAAGGUUGGGGUCAAGCGACGGAGACCAGAGGAGGUUCAGGAGCAACGGCCCUCGCUGGAUCUCGCCAAGAUGACCCAG